GCAUUAAACAGUUCAAAAGUGGGUCCACGCACCGGCGAAGCGGAGCCAUCGACAGUAGCUGGGCUACGGACAGUCAGGACAUCCUGGACCGGAGGACUGCACCGUCUGCGGUCGCUGCCAGCGGACGGGCUCAGCUUCCUCCCUCAGGGGGUGUGUGUGUGCGUUCACAUCCUGACUGCUGUGGAGACAUUAGCGCAGGAGAAACGGCGUCUGGUUCAGCUUCCUGUGUGGGAGGAGUCAAGGCGAACGUCUGAGAAAUGUGAAGCUGAAGGAUCAGCGGAGCUGUCACUCAAAUCAGUACCACGCCCCCCAGCACCACCACCGGCCAAUCAGCACACAGAGUGGAGGACCAUCAUGCACCUGAAGUCGUACCCGAAGCUCGUGCGCUCAGAGCUGCGUCUCAAUGCAUCCGGUGUUCAGACGGGGACACAGCGGAGCAGUCUGUUCGUGAGCCAGCAGGGGGGGCUGCUGAGGACGUACACUGGUAACCAUGGGAGCAGCAGCCGCUUCCCAUUCAGUGUAAUCUCCACUAACACACUGCGAUGCCCCGCCAACGCCAUUACCAGCAGCGUGACGACGCUCUGCCUCAAGACGCCAUCCGGCACCACCCUGCGGCACCUGUCAGGCUGCAAGAACAACACGCCCAAACUGUUCCAGACUGCCGCUGAGGACGCCGACGCGCCGCUGGAUGUCUGGACCGUCAUCAAACCCGGACACGUCCGCGAGAAGAUCGCCAUCUUUGUUUCAGAGAGGGGACGAGAAGAUGGUGCCGGAGCUGGCGAGUGUGCUGCGAACAACAGGGACAGGGCACCGGCGCCAUGCACCGACUACAGCGUCGCGACGGGCCCGUCACGAGCCGUGAAGGCAAAGGGCAGCUGGGAUGAAAACUGUACCGCCAAACGGCGCCGCCGGUCCGGAAACACCCAAAACCUUCAGCAAGAUCAGAGGGCUUGUGACCUCAGACCUGCUCCGCGGCACCUGGACUCUGCUCAGCAGUGUGGCGGAGAGCUGGGGACAGCAGAGGAGGCGGAGCCGAAGGUGUCAGUGGUGGAGAUGGUGGCGUUUCUGGAGCAGAGAGCGAGUGAGCAGCAGCUGGACUCCAAACCUGUGCUCGCUCUCCAGAGGAGCUCCACCACCAUCAUGCUCUCCAGAGCCCUGCCCCCUGACCUCAGGGACAGCUCGGUGCACAGGGGGGAGGAGCCAGAAAGCAUCCGAGUGUCAGACAUGGUGGCGAGACUAGAGUCUGAGUGUCUGAGGCGGCGGACAGAGGGCGACCUGUCGCGCAGCAACAGCCUGCGGAGGACAGCGGGGCGUGUGCUGCUCGCAGCCGCCACAGGUCACAGCUCCACCCCCACCCAGCCUGCAUCACCAUCAUCACCACCUGCAGUUCAGUGUCUGAGCAGGGAACCAGUCAGCUGUCUUCCUGCCUCAGCUUUGACCACGCCCCUUUUAGGUGAGCUGGUCAAGUCAGUGGAGGCUGCAGAUGUGGAGAGGGAGCACACUGUAACAGAGACACACCUUAAGGCCCCGCCCUCUGAGUCUGAGGAGGAGGAGCCUGUGCCUGGCUUAUUGUUUUUGUCUCCAACUCCUGAGAACCACAAAGACUCCACCCCCUCCCCCACGGACUCAGCACCCCGCCCCCCAUGCCACAGAGCCACCUGUGUGCUUCAGCCUGUUAAGCCCUCCCCCUGCAGUCCUGACAGCCAAUCGGAGAAGAUUAGGAGGAGAGGAACUGAGGGUGCUGGCAUAGUUAGCAACCCUGCCUCGGCGCCUCUGAUGUGGCGUGCGUCGGCGUCGCAGGGCUUCCUGGAGAAGCGUCAGCGGCUGCAGCAGCUACUGGAGCCGCAGCCGUACCUGACGGCGCUGCCGCACCACCUGCUCGUCAAGAUCUUCCUGCUCCUGCCGACGCAGAGCCUCGCCGCGCUCAAGUGCGCCUGCAGUUACUUCAAGUUCAUCAUCGAGAACUACGGCGUACGGCCCGCUGACUCGCUCUGGGUGUCAGACCCCCGUUACCGUGACGACCCCUGCAAGCAGUGCAAGAAGCGUUACGGGCAUGGCGACGUGUCGCUUUGCCGCUGGCACCACAAGCCGUACUGCCAGGCGCUGCCGUACGGCCCAGGGUACUGGAUGUGUUGCCAUGGUGCCCGCAGGGACACGCCCGGCUGCAAUGUGGGUCUCCAUGACAACCGCUGGGUGCCGGCGUUCCACAGCAUUAACGUGCCCAUCUACCGCAGGAGUAACCAUGACGACUGAUUGUGAGUGUGUGACGGGCCGCAGAGGCUGCUUGUGCUGUUUGUGUGUGAUGUCAGCAGUGUCCAAUCAGAGCGCUUUCACGCAGGAUGGCACGCCCACAAAUCAAAAAGCCACGAAACUUUGAGCUGGAUGAUGUUUAGGUUAAAGAUCUGGGCGAGUGGGCGGGGCUUGAGUCUGACAAACAGCCGUUUCGUCAGUGUAAAUAAACAAACAGCUGCUGCAGCCAUGAUGCAAUGGCAGGCCGGCGCUCCGUCAGAUGCCGACAGAUUAUGAUUAUUGAUUGCUGAUCGAUUAGAUGUUUGAGCGUCUCCCUGCAACUGGCGGACCGCUGGCCUCGCGGUGCCCCCUGCUGCUCACCCCUCCCCCCACAGCCUCCAUGUUCUGAUCUGCAGAUCAAUAUUGCUCACUGAUCAGUGAUCAGGUUUGGAGGAGGAGUCUCACCCAGGACUCUUCCUCGCUGGCUGGUUUCUGAUCUCGUAUUGAUGAGGCUGAAUUAUCGAUCGUAUUUAUUCAAAUUCAACCUUUAUUCAUUUAGCUAGUUUUACAAACAGGAGCUGUACCUUCAAAAUAAUGCUGCGAGCCGUCUGACUUCCAUUGUGAUGUGACUUCCUUAAUUAGAGCUAAUUUGAGUCUCAGAGGGAUUGAUUGAUCAAAAGGAUCGAAAUCCUGAACUUUAUUGAUCACGAUCACCGACAGAAAAAAACUUCCUAAACGUGGGUUUCCUUCAACUUUUAAUUUGAAAACGGGAAGAUAAGUAAACUGCUUCAUGUUUUUGCAAAGAUGUAUGACCCGAUAAUCAGGUUUUUGGGGGGGGGGUUUACACAGGAAGGAGUUGGCCUAACUGGUUAGCAACAGCUGAACUUUCAAAAUAAGGGCACACAGAGUUAUCUGAUAGCAGUAUCAAAGCGAUGAGAAGUAAAAAUAUGAGUUAGCAGCUGUCCGUCUGAGCGGCGUUUGAUUGGUGGGACCAGACCAGGUGGUCAUCACGCAUCUCGCCCCCUUGUCCCAUUUCCUGUCGUCAAAAACUUAUGAAUAUGUAUUUUUUAAAAGAGAUUAAACUCUAUUAGUCGGAGGUCUGUGACGGAAAUCCACCUAACACACCUCCACGUCUGCACCAAUCAGGAUGGCCAAACUUGUCCUCCUCCUCCCUCCCUCAGGGGCGGAGCCUAAAACAGAUGCACGGUCAAUGUUCUCUCUGAGGUCAUGCACCAGUUUUUAAAGAAACUUUGUUUUAUCACAGUAGAAGAAGUUUAUUGAUCAUCAUUACGUCUGAUUGAUUGGCCCAGCUGAUCAAUCAGCUGUUCAGGAAUGAUUGUGGGCGUGUCCUUGUUUUGACUUUUUUAAAAUAAAAUUUGGCUUCCUGAACUUUCUGCAGGUUUAUCCGACCCUGUUAUCCCUUUACUGAUCGAUCAGCUGA